GAACUGUAUUGAAACCAGCUCAUUGGUUGACGUCACCCGAACACCACAGACCGUAGCUCGAUAACUUCGUGAUCGACAAAUAUUGAAGCUAGAGGAGGCAGGAUCUUCAAUGCGACCGUGCUGCCAUGGCAAAUCUCGAUCCAACCACCUCUCUCGUUGGCUCAGUAGCUUACUACUAGUGCUUGUGGCGGUGGGGCAUGAUGCCGUUUUAUUCUAGUUGCGAUUGGAUAGAGAAAGCCAUCAUGGCUUCAAUAUCAGAUUUUGACCUCGUAUUAGGUAUAUCACGCUGUUCAUCGUAUGUGAAUUGAGCAGGGGCAGGAAGUGAGGCAGCGCCAUUGCAGUGGCGUCGCUUGAAUUUGUUAUGUUGAUGAAAACAGAAGGAAGAGUGAUGGGUACCUACAAAUGUAGUACAAAUAGAUGCUGAGGCGGUCACAUCAUAUUCCAGCUAGAUUUUAUCAUUCAGAAUUAGUCGAUCUUAUAGGUGAAUUCUAAUUCUUCGAGAUAUCCGCAAAGAUGUAUUCCAAGUCUUCGAUAGCAUUACUAGCGGUCGCGCUUCUCUCGCCAUUGGCUGCCACCCAAGUCGGGACAUUCAGCUGUCAUACGCGAGAAACAUGGGGCUUCACACCAAAGUGCUGCAUGAACAUUGAUGGACAAGUCGGAACAAAUUGCGUCUCAGCACAUCAGAUGGGGGCCACUGAUCCAAUAUGGGAAUGCAACCUUUUCGUGUACAACAUCACGGGAUGUUGCCAGUCUAUCGGAUACAAGAACCCGUACACGAAUAAUACGGUCGAUCUAUGCGCAACGUCUGUUGACCCGUGAAUUGGUAGUAUGGUAAUAGAGAAAGGUAUCCGGGGUUAGAGGAGGUUUGGAUUGUCAUUAUUCAGCGAACAUAAAAAGCAAACAUUGAAUGUGUAUACGAUCGAUUAGUAAGGCGGAUGCGGGAUAGAAGUCGUACUCCGAUCGGAUGGUCCGAAUGAUGCGGACGAUGAUGCCAUCAAGAUAUACCCAAUAGAUUUAGAGAUCGAUAAGAAUUAAGUCUACACGGAUAAGGUCUAAUUGGUGCUAGAAGGCGCUAAGUCGAUGCGAGAUCCUCGGUCUUUCCCUUCCCGAUGCGUAGUGCAUUACAUGGGAAGUAGCCAAGCAAAC